CCGAACUUUUUUUGAGCUCCAUCUCGUCGCGACCGCAGAGUCGCAAACGCUCCCCCCCACCCGCUCUCUUAAAAUCUCCUAUCAAAAUGGCACCAAUCGAAACGACCCAUGACGAUUACUCCCUCCUCCACAUCGAACGCAUCUCCCUCUACGUCCCCCUCCCGCCCGCCUCGCUAAACAGCCCGCUCCCCGCAAUCUGCGCCUCCGUCUUCUCACCGCUCCUGCUCACCUACUACCCAGCCGUAAAAGGCGUGGUGCUCGCCUACGAAGACGUACAGCUCAGCGACGAGCCGCCGCGCGCUUCUACUAGCACAUCUACAUCCACACAACAAGCAAAGUCGUCGUCGUCGCGGAAAUCUCGACACCACCACGCAGCUGCUGCGCACCAAGACGCGACUGCAAGUGAAGACUCAGACGACAACCUCCUCCUCCUCCAGCAAAUCGACGAAUACGCCUCCCCCUUCCUCUGGGCCACCGCCUCGCUGCUCGUCUUCCGCCCCGCGCCGCACGCCUGGAUCCCCUGCGUGCUGACGCACGCCUCGGCCUCGCACGUCACGCUCGCGCACCUGAACACGUUCCCGAUCUCCAUCCUGCACGCCUCGCUGCCCGCGUCGUGGACCUGGCAUCAGGAGGCUGCGAAUAGGAACAAGAAGGGCUGGGACGGGCGGAUUAGCGACGAGGGCGGCUGGUGGGUCGAUGGCGACGGCGAGAAGGUGCAUGUGGGGAGGGAAGUUAGGUGCAGGAUUAGGGAUUGGGAUGCCAGGGGUGGGGCGAAGGGAAAGGGGUUUUUGAGGGUGGAGGCGAGUUUGCUGGGGGAGGGGGAGGAGAGGGAGCAGAUGAGGGGGGCGGUGGAGAUGGGGGCGGCGAGGAAGGGGAAGAGUGCGAUGAGGAGUGGGGCGGGGGCGGAGCGGCGGAAUGCGCAGGGGGUUGUAGAGCUGGAUUGA